AAGUUUUUCAGCAGAAAUGGAGUCGAAAUUGGAGCAAAACGUCACAGCGAUGAUGUCAAGCACCGGAGCAUCGGGAAUUACAGUCGCCGACUCGGAAGGUGUCAGGCUUCAUUCGGCUGGAAAGAUUACUGAUAUGGCAAAUGUUGGCUCAUUGAUGAUCGCCGAUGCGAAGAAUAUGUUCCCAAAAGGUACAAGAAAUAAGAAGAAUAGUUAUCCAAUUGUCACAUUACACUCAUCGGACGGAUCAAAGACUACGGUGGCCAAUAAGCAUGGAGAAACUGUCUCAAUUCAUUUUCAGAAAUAAAUUACGUCGGAAAAUCUGGAAAAUUCACGAAAUUUCACUCUAAAUCGCCUGUUUUUACCUGAAAAUCUCUUUUUUUGAUCAUUUUUCCUGAAAAUUUCACCAAUUUUUCUCAAAAUUACCUUUUUUAGCGGAAAUUGGAAAAAUACAGAAUUUUUUAAAAAUCUAAAAAAAAAUCGGAAUAUUUCAUAUUUUUUUAAAUCAAAAAUCUGACAUUUUCAGAAAUUUUUGUUCGAAAAUCUAAAAAUUUUGAACGUUUUAUUCAAAAAUCAACAAAUUUCAUAUUAUCUGCUUCAAAAACCUGAAAUUUCCGGAUUUUCUUACAAAAAAUCAGUUUUUUUUUCAAAUUUUUUGUCAGAAAAUCUGAAAAUCUUCUGAAAACCCUGAUUUUUUUUUGUAUUUUCUUUGACUUUUUUCAAUUUUCCCCCAUUUUCCCACUUUUCACCCCACUGAAUCCCAUAAAAAUCCCCGUUUCAUGACAUUUUCCACCACAAUUUUGUAUGUAAAUAUACUAGAUUCCCGCCAAUUUGAUAUGUGAUCACAUUCCCCCCUAUAUUCCUCUCUUUUUCUCAUUGAGUUAUCACUGUUUCAGUGCUUAAAUAAAUGUUUUACCAAAA